AUGUGCCGUUUUCCUGAUGAGGGAGCGCCGUCAAACGAGGGUUACGACGGUGAGGAGGACUUCCUUGCCUUCACUUUGGAAGCCGGUGUCCAGUGGUCUGAGGCAUACGCAGCCGCCAAUGCUACAGGGCGGGUGCUGGUUGGCGGUUUGUCUGCUGGCGGAUCCGUGGGCGCUGCAGGUGGAUGGAUUCAAGGCGGAGGGCACAGCGCCCUGUCCUCAAACUAUGGUUUAGGUGUCGACAAUGCUAUCCAGAUGACAGUCGUUACAUCCACCGGCGAACACCUCACCGUCAACGCCUACCAAAACUCAGACCUCUUCUGGGCCCUACGUGGUGGCGGUGGCGGAACGUACGGCAUCGUCACCUCAGUCACAUACCAGACGCACCCUGACCUGCCGCUCGUGGCUGCUUUCUUCGUUGCCUACUCCACCAACUCGACGGUCCUCAAACAGGUUUUCACUGAAAGCUUUGCGAUGCUUCCAGCGCUCUCUGACGCAGGCUGGGGUGGUUAUGGCGGUAUCAACGAAACCGGUGUAGGAUUUUUCGACAUCUCACCCAACGUGUCAUGGGCGCAGGCUAAUGAGACAUGGAACCCAUUCUUCGAGCGCGUAGCAAACCUUACUUCGUCCGGCUUGAAUAUCACGACAGCCCUCACAGUGCCGUACCCUUCGUUCUACCCGCUAUAUGAGUCUAUGUUCAGGACGCCUACGGGACAGAACGGCGGGAACCUGAUAUUGGGUUCGCGCCUCAUUCCUCGGGUGGUGAUCGAAACGAACAACGAAGAGAUGUCCGCUGCGGUCUUUGAGACGCCUGGAAUGACAUGGAACUUUGUCGCCGGUGGCCAAGUAUCCAAAGUCGAUCCUGACUCCGCCGGGAUCAAUCCAGCCUGGCGCGAUGCAGUCGUCCAUAUUACCUGGGGAGCGUCGUGGGAUGACGGUGCCACGGCAGACGAUAUUGGAAAGCUGGCUGCCGGGUUGAAAGAACAGGAAGCGAGAAUUCGAGCUCUCACACCUACGUCGGGAUGCUAUUUCAACGAGGCUUCUCCGUUCGAGGAAGACUUCCAGUAUACUUUCUUCGGUGACCAUUAUGCGAGGCUGAAAGAGAUCAAGGAUAAGUAUGAUCCGCAUCAGCUGUUUGUUGUGACGCAGGGUGUAGGCUCAGAGGAGUGGAACGAUGAUUUAAUUUGUCGAGUUUAA